CGAGGCGGUUGGUGGCCAGGAGUUGGUGAGGCGCUCUUCAAGGGGACUCGGGGGAAGGCACGCGUGCAGAGGACGGUCCCGGGAGCCUUGUCACGGCGGAGAGGCCGUGACGACCUCCGCGGGCGUGCUUGGGACCCCGCUGCGCAGGAGGCGGCCGGGCUCGGCCUGCGAGUUGGGGGAGGGGUCGGGGUGGAGCGGGAGCCUGGGGGCCUGCAGCGGCGGGCCUGCCCCCGGGAGUCCCCGCCCCUGGGGACCUGCACCAGAUCGUCCCCUUUGACCGUGGCCCACGGAAGACUGCGAUGUCCUCAAGAAAUCGUUAGGUUGGUUGGGUAACAGCAUACCCAUUAGACGUUCCCCGGGUCAUUUGCUGCCGGCUGCAAAGUUACUUAUCUUAAAAAACAAAAAACAAAACAAAACAAAACAGGAAAAAACAUCAAAUCUGCGAUUUAGCUCUGGUGUUCCUGGCUUUGGAGAACUCCUCCUCCCCCCUGCGAGAGGUCCAGUCACGCUGCCCUCUCACCUAUGAAGAAGGAAGGAGACCUUGAAUGGCACUCCAACCUUAAUUUAUACGCGACAGGAAAACGUAGGAUCACGUUCAGACAACCCCAGGACAUCUCUCUUGUUGUUAAGGUAGCAAUUAUUUCCAGUGAAAGAAGGAAACCAGUGCCUGGCGUUCUUACCAGCUUUCUACCUUGCCAUGAUCAAGUGCUUGUCAGUUGAAGUACAGGCCAGAUUGCGCUCCGGUUUGGCAAUAUGCUCCUUAGGCCAGUGUGUUGAGGAGCUUGUCCUCAACAGUAUUGAUGCUGAAGCAAAAUGUGUGGCCGUCAGGGUGAACAUGGAAACCUUCCAAGUUCAAGUGAUAGACAAUGGAUUCGGGAUGGGGAGUGAUGAUAUAGACAAGGUGGGAAAUCGUUAUUUCACUAGUAAAUGCAACUCUAUACAGGACUUGGAGAAUCCCAGGUUUUAUGGUUUCCGAGGGGAGGCCUUGGCAAGUAUAGCUGACAUGGCCAGCGCUGUGGAAAUUUCAUCCAAGAAAAACAGGACAAUGAAAACUUUUGUGAAACUGUUUCAGAAUGGAAAAGCCCUGAAAGCUUGUGAAGCUGACUUGACUAGACCAAGUGCUGGGACAACAGUAACAGUAUAUAACCUAUUUUAUCAGUUACCUGUAAGAAGGAAAUGCAUGGACCCUAGACUGGAGUUUGAGAAGGUUAGGCAGAGGAUAGAAGCUCUCUCACUCAUGCACCCAUCCAUUUCUUUCUCUUUGAGAAAUGAUGUUUCUGGUUCCAUGGUUCUUCAGGUCCCUAAAACCAAAGACGUAUGUUCCCGAUUUUGUCAAAUUUAUGGACUGGGUAAAUCCCAAAAAUUAAGAGAAAUAAAAUUUAAAUAUAAGGAAUUUGAGCUUAGUGGCUAUAUCAGCUCUGAGGCACAUUACAACAAGAACAUGCAGUUUUUGUUUGUGAACAAAAGACUAGUUUUAAGGACAAAGCUGCAUAAAUUCAUUGAUUUUUUAUUGAGGAGAGAAAGUAUUAUAUGCAAACCAAAGAAUGGCUCAUCCAGUAGACAAGUGAAUUCAAGUCCUAGGCAUCGGGCUAAUCCAGAACUCCAUGGGAUAUAUGUAAUCAAUAUGCAGUGCCAAUUCUGUGAAUAUGAUGUGUGCAUGGAGCCAGCAAAAACGCUGAUUGAAUUUCAAGACUGGGAUACUGUUUUGGUUUGCAUUCAGGAAGCAGUGAAAAUGUUUUUAAAGAAAGAAAAAUUAUUUAUGGAAUUAUCAGGUGAGGACAUUAAAGAAUUUAGUGAAGAUAAUGAUUUUAGUUUAUUUAGUGCUACUCUUCAGAAGCAUGUGCCCUCUGAUGAGAAAGGUGACCAGGUCAAUUUCCAAGAAGCAUGUAAUAGUAUUUCGGAUUCCUAUGAAAUGUUUAAUAUUCAAUCAAAAGCUGUGAAAAGAAGAGCUACUAUAGAAAACAGAAGAAACACCGAGAAUUCUAGAGAUUUGGAAGGUAUCAGAAAAAAGACAAAUGAUUCAUUUUUGUAUAAUUAUGAAUCAGUUGACCCAAGCCAUAGUAAAGUGAUGGAGUCAUCUUUACAAACCAAAGAUAGCUCUUGCUCAGAAUCAGGGAUCUUGGAACAACAGACAGCUGAAGUAUCAGAAUCAGGAGAAAAUGAAAAACAUAAAAAACUUUGCUUAGAACUUAACUCUUCAGAAAAUCUCAGUAGAAUCCAUUCAGAAAUGUUUGCAAGACCUUUUCAGACAUCAUACUGCUUUGAGAAGAGUGGAGAUGAUCUAGAAAUACAAAAUACAAAUACUAUUUUUAAUGGCAUGGCUGCCAGUAUCCUGAAAAAUAAUGGAAUUCAGAAUCAACUAGAGAGAUUUAAAGAUGCUACCGAAAUGGGAUGCCAAUCUCUGCCUUUUGCAGCAACACUAUUGAGACUACAUGGUGCUCAGAGAGAGGAAGAGAAAAAAAAACAGCCUAGUAAUUGUGGAAGAACAAACGUUUUUAGUUAUGGACAAGUUAAAUUAUGUUCCACUGGCUUUAUAACUCAUGUGGUACAAAAUGAGCAAACUAAAUCAACUGAAAGAGAACAUUUACUUAAAAAUUGUAUUCAACCUGGUCCCAUGAGUGCCAGAGAAACGUUUCUAAAUAGAGUGUGCCAUUCACUUCAGACUCCAGAAAUCAAAGAUAGAACCAGCACUUUAAAUAAGAAAUUUGCUCAACUGUCUAACAAAAAAUUAUGCAGAACAAAUAUAAGGUAUGGGGUAGAGAACAAACCUAUAGCAACUUAUAAAAAUGUUUCUAUUUCUCAGGAAAGUAGUAAAAACUCACAAAUAGAUUGCUUAUUACCUGACACAUCCUCUUCCCCUUGGUGUACACAUAUUUCAAAUGGUAGUAAGAAAAUAGAUAAAUUGAUUUGUUCCUCUAAACCCAUAACCCAUAAAAAGCUAAGCUUAGGUUCACAACUAGGAUCGUUAGAGAAGUUUAAGAGGCAAUAUGGGAAGGUUAAAAAUCCUCUGAAUAUAGAAGUGGUAGAAAAUAAUAAUUUUGAAAUCUCUACCAGUCUCAGUCCUCAAGUUGAACCUGGCAUUCCAUGGAAAGACCAGAAUCACUUAGACAACUCAGACAUUUAUAAAGUCGCUACGAUGAAACAUGACUCAAAUAAUAGUUGUCAACCAGUAAGUCACAUGCUUUACCCAAAGAAGUUUCCUUUCUCCAAUGAAGAAGAUUGUUUGGAACAACAGAUGCCUUGCUUAAGAGAAAGUCCUAUAACUCUAGAGGAAUUAUCUCAUUUUAGCAGAAAACCUUUGGAUGUCAAGCAGUCUCCUAAAUCUUUAGCCUCUAAAUUAUCCAGAAUGAAAGGUUCCGAAGGAGAGACUCAAGCAGUGGAAAUGAUGAGUCAUUUUGAUGAACUUCCACAAUCAGAUUCCAGUAGGAAAGACCAUGACUUGUGCAGUGGGUUAACCCUAGAUUCUUGUGAGUUAACUAAAAACAAGUAUGAGAAAACAGAGAGUGACAUCAUUCCAGUGUUGGACUCUGUCACACAGGAUAAUUCCUUCAAUAAAGAUAGUGAAACAUCCUCUAACAAGAGUACAACAGAGAAUUCUGUGAUACCAGAAACUCCUUUGGUGUUACCCUGUGAUCAUUCUAAAGAUGUCAGUAAAGAUUCAGAUGUUCUUAUAGCUUCAGAACCACAGAUAGGAAGUCCUGAUUCUCCCAAUAGAAUGUCAGUGAGUCAUGUAGAAGUUUCCACUGCUGACCAGAAUGGAACUUGUUUUCAGAGUGAAGAAUCUAUAGCAAGAACUUGUUCUGUAGAUGAAGAGUCAAGUACAUGUUCUUUGGAUUGGCAGCAGCAUUUUGAUGUAGCCCUAGGGAGAAUGGUUUACAUCAACAAAAUAACUGGACUUAGCACAUUCACUGCUCCUACUGAGGAUGUUCAGGCUACUUGUACUAAAGACCUGACAACUCUAGCUGUGGAUGUCCUACAUGAGAAUGGAACUCAGUAUAGGUGUCAUCCUUUUAGAAGCGACCUCAUUCUUCCUUUCCUUCCAAGAGCUCGGGAAGAGAGGACUAUGAUGAGACAGAACAGAGAUACUGUGGAUGUCACUGUUGGUAAAGAAUCACUUCAGUCUUUGUUCUCAGAAUGGGAAAAUCCAGUAUUUGCCCGUUAUCCAGAGGUUGCUGUUGAUGUAAGCAGUGGCCAGGCCAAAAGUCUAGUGGUUAAAAUUCACAAUGUCUUGUAUCCUUAUCGUUUCACCAAAGAAAUGAUUCAUUCGAUGCAGGUUCUCCAGCAAGUGGAUAACAAGUUUAUUGCCUGUUUAAUGAGCACCAAAACUGAAGAGAAUGGUGAGGCAGGUGGAAACCUACUAGUCUUAGUGGAUCAGCAUGCUGCCCAUGAGCGUGUCCGUUUAGAGCAGCUGAUAACCGAUUCCUAUGAGAAGCAACAGCCACAGGGCUCUGGUCGGAAAAAACUACUGUCUUCCACUGUAAGUCCUCCACUAAAGAUAAGAGUGACAGAGGAACAAAGGAGACUCUUACGGUGUUACCACAAAAAUCUGGAAGAUCUGGGCCUUGAAAUUCUAUUUCCAGACACCAAUGAUUCUCUGGUCCUUGUAGGGAAAGUACCACUCUGUUUUAUAGAAAGAGAAGCCAAUGAACUUCGAAGAGGAAGAUCUCCUGUGACCAGGAAUAUUGUAGAGGAAUUUAUUCGAGAACAAGUGGAGCUACUCCAGACCACAGGAGGCAUCCAAAGGACUUUGCCACUGACUGUUCAGAAGGUGUUGGCGUCCCAAGCCUGCCAUGGGGCCAUUAAGUUUAAUGAUGGCCUGAGCCGAGAGGAGAGCUGUCGCCUUAUUGAAGCUUUGUCUUGGUGCCAGCUGCCAUUCCAGUGUGCCCAUGGGAGACCUUCCAUGCUGCCUUUAGCUGACAUAGACCACUUGGGACAGGAAAAACAGAUUAAACCCAAUCUUGCUAAACUUCGAAAAAUGGCCCAGGCCUGGCGUCUCUUUGGAAAAGCAGAAAGAUAUAAUACAAGGCAAAGCCUGAAGGCAUCCAUGCCUCCUUGUGAGCCACCAUGAGAACAGAAUUACUGACCUGUAAGGAACCAAAGGGAUGCUAACUAUAUGCCUCUGAGGAGAGACCAUGAGCAGCAGGUACCAGCAGAGUCCUGAGUUGGCCUGUGCCCCCAAGCAACAUGAUAUUGGCCAAUCUUGAGCAGAUGAUCCCUCCAAGCUAAAGAGAGUUCAUUCGUCUGCAGCCAUGGACACAGGAGGUUGCCCUAUAAUACCUACUUUUUAUAACCUAUGUAGAGAUAAAAUUUAAUAAUCAAUUGGUUCAUUUGUGGGUUUUUGUUUUUUGUUGUGUUUUUGUUUUUGUUUUUGUUUUUUUGGUAGGGGGGAAGUGGUUUGGGAGCAGUUUGGUUUUGUUUUUGCAAUUUUUUCCAGCCCCUUGUAGUUUGCAUUAAUGUGAUUUGCCUGAUGAUGAAUUGCUCACGAUCCAGUCUGCCUUCCUAGACAGUCCAUAGCCACACUCCAUUGGUCCUUUCCUUACCCACAGUCUUCUUCACUUUCUGCUGCUUUACAUCUUAAAUUUCAGACUUAAAGAGUUUCUCUACACUCAACAAAAAUGUCCCCUGCGGUCUUCCGUCAGGCCUGUAGUUAGAUUAUUUUAGGGAUUAAAAACUAUUGAUAAAGAGAAACAAGGACAAGAAUAGGAUAGAAUAGACAAAAUUUCAAGUUGCUCUGGUUGUCUUAUUUCCUCUUUAAAAUCUCAUUCACAGUCUGAUAUUGUUCAUAACCCAAUUAGUAAAAACGGUGAAAGGACUAUGAACUUGUUUUAUAAAUACAAGUUUUUUUGGUACUUUAAAAAUAUCUCUCUUGAUGUGAAAGCAAUUUUUCAUAUCAAAAUGCAGCAAUUAUUCUUUCAACCUGACCAGAUAUGCCCUCUACAUUUUUUCAGGUUCUCUUGGCCCCUUUGAAAUCCUUAGUUUUUAUUAUAGUAGGCCUAUCUAAUGGCCUCAUAAUUUCAUUUGGAACCAGGACUGAUCUUUGUGUAAACGCUUGUUGUGACAUCCUUAAUCUGUAUGUCCUCUGCUUUUUUAGAAGGUUUGAUUUCUGGUUAAUAAAAUUCAGUAGACUAAGGUUUUACAGAAGGACAAAAAGAAAAGCAAAAAAACCAGCUGGUAAUGUUUAUUGCAACUGGGAUACCGUAUAAUGAGAAAGAUGUUGCAGUGAGAAUUUCCACUUUUGUAUUUGCAGCCUGCUCAAAUUGGCCUUUGUAUCAAUGGAAUGAUUUUUCUCAUUUUUUAAUACAGGAAACAAAUUUGUGCUCAUGGAAGAAAAGUUUGUUUGCCAGCAGCCCUGCAGUGAUUCUUACAGGAGCAAUGAAGUAUUGCAUUCAUUAGUGUGUGUCUCAGAGAAGGUUCAGGAAAAGCCUUCACUGGUUUUCAAGGGGAUCCUUGUAGAAUUACGUAAUUGGAACCCUGAAGAAUAGGCACCACUGUCUAAAAAUGGCCUUUAUUCUUCUAAAUACAUAUAAACGGUUUCAUAGACUGGAAGACAUGACCUUUGAAAGGAGGGUGUUUUCAGGGGAUUUGCAAAGAUGUCAGGGGCUCUGCCUCCAGGCCCAGUGGGGUGCUGUGGCCUCUGGACCUCUGCCUUCACUCUCCAGAGCUAUAUGGAGGCCAGCUGUCCUGGGAGUUUAAAAAUUUUUAGGUUAGACCAAUGUGUGAGAUUAAAAAAAAUAUUAUGAUACCUCUUCUAUUAGGAUGCUGGAGUGCAGUUUCAAAAUGUUUUGCUAUAAUCCCAAACCAUUGUUUCUUUUUUGAGAAUAGCAGAGGAUUAGAAAAAGUUCUCCAUAAAUUAUGUAACCAGUCUUUCUGGCUAGCCGGCCUCAAGCAAUGGAAGAGAUAAUUAUCCUGUUUUAAUAAUUUAUAAACUCAGUUGCCUACAUCAGCAUAAAAUGAACCUAUUAGCCAAAAAUAUCUAACAUUACCUUUAUUGCCUAUUAGGAUUUUGUUUUGUUCUGUUUUUUUUUUAACUUACAAUAGAGCAGAGAUAUACUUAAUUUUCUAAAACAUGAUAGUAGUAAUCAUUAACACUUUCAUGGUGCUUUAAGGUUUACAAAAUAAUUUUUUCAUAUCUUUUUUGAAUUUCUUGGCAACCCAUGAGAUAAGAUGGUAUUAUGCUCCCCAUUUUCCGAAGGCUGAAAUAUAUUAAGUGAUUUGUCUAAGAUCACACAGGUACUAAGUAUUAGUAAAGCUGAGAAUGGUAAACAAGUUUUCUGGUUCUGAUAACAAGAAUAAAUAUUACCAUUUAUUAAGGGCCUCCUAUAUACCCAAUGCUUUGUUUACAUUACUUCUACUUCUUACAACAGUUCUGUUAGCAGGCUAGUGUCUCUCUUACAGUGAGACUGCUGAGCCUCGGAGCAGUUUCCCCUUUGGCAGAGAGAGCCAGAAUUCAGACCCAGGUCUACGUGGCUUCACAUAGCACACUCCUUCCCAUUGUUAAUCCAUGCUGCCCAUAUAUUUGCAGUUUGUUAGGGACUUAGCAGUUUGUCAACUUAGUUCAGCUUUAUUAGAGUCUGGUUGGUGGACACUUCAUUAACUUCAGAAUAAAACUUGACAGAUGUGAUGUGCAAAGAAGCCAUCCUCAAGAGUUCCGUUUUUGGGAACAUUCAUCACAAUUUUAUUGAGCAGUAAGGGUGCAUGCCUGCAAGAACUUAGCUUUAGUCAGGGAGAGAGACAAGGUAACUGCUAAUCUAAUGUGAUAACUUCCUCUAGGUUUAGAAGUCAGUUAGUUACAGCUAUGUUGCUUUUACUGGGAUAAGAGGAGAUAACAAUUACGUCAGAAAUUAAGGUUAUAGAAGGUAAUUGGAGCUAGUAUCAGAAAAGCUUAAGGCAAAGCUUAGAAAGGAGGGGAGAGACUGGAGAGAGGGCUAGGGAAAAGUCUAGAACCUAGCUGGGGUCUCAAACUCCAUGAGCAGCUGAGAAUGGAGAGAUUCUAGCAAUCACACAUCAGAGCAAGGCAAAGAAAAGGUCAGACAAAAGAUUAACAGAUGGGAUAUGAACCUAGCAGUGGAAAAAAACAAGGCAGCCAAAACAAGUGGAGCCGGAUGGGGCCCAAGACCAAGUUGUAGAAAUAUGUAGGGGGCUGAGGAAGCCAUGCCCAGUGAGAAGAACAGAUGCAGCCCAUCAGUUCCUAGAGAACCUCAACAACCAUGCUCAGCUGCAGCUCCAAGCAGGAGCCUGUAGGCGGUGAAGGGGAAAGCGGUUUCUGGCACAAUGAGCUGGACUCCUCCAACCUGUUUUCUACCUGAAGUACCACCCCAUUCUAUGAAAACCUUUACAAAAGCAGGCUAGCAACAAGAACUGACCACUAUGUUUGCCAUUAUCUAUCAU